AUGGAUUUCGUACAACUGCCAGCUGAAAUAUUUGCACCAGUGGCGCAAACGCUGAGUGAGCUCCACUUGGUGGGCAGACUACGCGCCAUUCCUGCUAAUACAUUCGGUGUGUUUCGUAAUUUGACAGAGUUGGCCUUGUUGGGCCAUCAAUUUGAGCGGCGUUUACGCGCAAACGAUUUUACCGCACUCGACACAUUGCAGGUGCUGAAACUGCAGACUUGCAGCAUCAUAUUACUGCCGGCGUAUAUAUUUUUCCCAUUGGUGGCAUCAACGUGGCUUAAUUUAGAGACAAAUAGGUUGCGUUUACUGCCCGACACAUUGCUGGCACAACAGCGCCAGUUGCGUAGGUUAGAUCUAAAUGAUAAUCAACUGGAAGCGUUGCCAGCGGCGCUCUUCGAAUCUUCAACUAAGCUACAAAAACUGUUCUUAACAAACAAUCGGUUGCGUAGUAUAAGCGCAGAUAUUCUGCCACCACACAAUGCGCUUGUCGAGCUGUAUGUGGAUGUGAAUGAGUUACACACAAUAACACCCGGCACUUUUAGGCAGACGCGUCAUUUGCGCCGCUUAAUUUUGAGUCAUAACAAAUUGGAUUGGACGCGCGCUGAAGCGUGUGCAAUGUUUGAUGGGCUACGUAGCUUAACUGAGCUUGCGCUGCAAAACAAUUCACUGCGUUUUUUGUGCAAUCAGUUGGGCACAUCAAAUCAGAGCACCAGCUUUUUGAGCUUCCUUGAUCAAAACGCUGCUGGGCGUAUACAUAAUAAUCCAUGGUCAUGCGACUGUAGCGCUCAGCCGUUGCAUGCAUUUCUGAGAAGCAAUCGCGUGCGCUUUCCUGACGUGAGACACAUCAGCUGUUAUGAAGCGCAGCGGACGCCGCUCAUCGAGCUGUCCUAUCGUGACCUCUGCCCGCUUGACCUAGGUGUCAACGCGCAGCUAGUUAGGAUGUUUAUAUACUUUUCGACACUUAGUUUGGUGGUAAUCACCGGCGCGCUCUGCUACUACAAGUACAAACUGCAAUUAAAAAUUUGGCUGUACGCGCAUAGUCUAUGCCUGCGUUGUAUUAGUGAGGCUGAGCUGGACUGUGACCGCAAAUAUGACGCUUUCAUCUCAUAUACUCAUCAAGACAAACAUUUUGUUGAACUCGAGCUGCUGCCUGGCUUGGAGCAGGCAACGCCCGCAUUUAAAGUGUGCAUACACGUGCGCGACUGGCUAGUGGGCGCUUUCAUUUCCGAGCAAAUCAUCGAUUCUGUAGAGGAAUCGCGACGCACGAUCAUUGUAUUAUCACAGCAUUUUAUACAAUCCGAAUGGACGCUCAUGGAAUUUCGCAUGGCGCAUCAGUGCGCACUAAAUGAAGGGCGCUCUCGCGUCAUACUGGUGAUCUAUGGCGAUUCCGUGGAUAUGGAGCUGUUAGAUCAAGAGCUGCGCGCAUAUCUGAAAAUGAAUACGUACUUGAAGUGGGGCGAGCCGUGGUUUUGGGAAAAACUGCGCUACGCUAUGCCGCAUUCACGACUUAGCUGGGAGCGCGAAGAGUGUGCAAAUAGACGAGCUAACGAAAUUCCGCUGCAAACGAUGAUGACGCAGGCGCAAAUGUUGCACUCAGCUAUUCCUCUGCAAUUAAUACUAACAGCUAUUGCGCUGGCUGUUUCACUGCUGUUCCCACGGCGCUGUCUUUGUCAGGCUAACAUCAGCGGCGAUCAAAGUUUCAUCACCGACGUUUGCGCUGAGAUCGCAUCAAAUGGCACCUGCAAUUGCGCAUAUAGUACCAGCGGCGUUUUUAUCGACUGCGGCAGCGCACAUGGCCACAUACAAAUACAAAUCCUAGUUUUUGAACAGAUUUUCGUCAAAAUAUUUUGUAAGCCAGCUAUUAACACAAAGUCGCUUAUAACAACCGAACAGUUGGCGAAUUUACCAUUACUGGGUGGCAUGCACAAAAUCGUUAGUCUAAGUGUGCACCGCUGUUUGCCAUUCACCGAAAUGCUGGCACAAUUGGCGUUGCAGCAGUGCACAAGUUUGGAGCUGAAUGAUCUGGAAUUCGUACCAUUGCUAACAGCGCGUCACCUUGGUCAGAACUUGAGCUACUUGCAAACAGUUACGGUUUUGGAGUUGUUGGCGCAUCCGCAGUUCCGUGCCUUGCAUGCAGCGCAGCAAUUGGACGCCGAUUUGUUUAUUGCUUUCUACUCACUUGUCAGUUUGAAGAUCGACUUGCAUUUCACGCAGCUACCGCAGGGUCUUUUUACGCCUGUUGCAGCGACUUUAAGCGAUUUGAUGUUGUAUGGGAGAUUGAGUGAUUUUCCACGUAAAUCAUUUGGGUCACUAAGUCGUAUGAGCGCACUCACCAUGAGUGGUCAUCAACUGGCGGAUCGUUUACGUGAGGGUGACUUUGAAGCACUCGGCUUGCUAGAACUACUCACAUUAAGCAGCUGCGGCAUAACUGUACUACCCGCGCGCAUCUUCGCGCCGCUGCCAUCACUUAAAUCGCUCCUACUCCGGGCGAAUCAAUUGCGUGUGCUACCCACUGGGCUUUUUGCCGCACAAAUCAAUUUGCAAGUGCUGGAAUUGAGCCGCAACCAACUGGAAGCUUUGCCGUUGGGUUUAUUUCAUCCAUCUACUAAAUUAGUGAAUUUGAGUCUAUCGCGAAAUCGACUUUUGCAGUUGAGUGCAGAAAUCCUGCCUCCUCUGCAUGGACUUGAGACACUUCGUUUAGAUGGUAAUCGAUUGCGUACUAUUGCGUCCGGCUGCUUUGCCGAGGCACAACACCUCAAGAUUCUAUUACUGGAUCACAAUCGGCUGAAUUGGACAAGCGCUGAAGCUUGCGAUGUUUUCAAUGGUCUGCGCAGUUUGCGGUUGCUCGGUCUGAAUAAUAACUCACUUUCUCACUUGUGCGAUCAGCUGAGUGCGCCGAAUCACACCACUAACAGCUUGCGCGUGCUUGAUGUGCGCCACAAUAGGCUGACACGUUUGAGCGCACAAUUACUUCACACAUUAAACAGUAGCAUAUCGAAGAAUAAAUUGUACCUGUCGCACAAUCCGUGGGUAUGUGACUGUGGUGCGCAAUUACUGCAUGCGUUCGUUAAAAGCAAUCGCAUGCGCUUUUCGGAUAUGUUUGAUGUGCGUUGCGAGAACUCACAAUUGGCGCCACUUGUCGAGUUGUCUUACCAUGACUUCUGCUUACCCGAUUUGGGCGUCCGUACGUCAGUGGUGUUAACCUUUAUUUGGUUGUCGGCAUUCAGCUUGUCAGUGAUCACCACCGCGCUUUUCUACUACAAAUACAAACUGCAAUUACAAAUUUGGCUCUAUGCACAUCGCUGGUGCCUAUGUUGUAUUAGUGAGGCUGAGCUGGACUGCGACCGCAAGUAUGACGCUUUCAUCUCAUACACACAUCAGGAUGAGCAUUUUGUCGAGCACGAGUUAGUGCCUGGCUUGGAGCAGGGCACGCCCGCAUUUAAGGUGUGCAUACACGUGCGCGACUGGUUAGCGGGCGCUUUCAUUUCCGAGCAAAUCAUCGAUUCUGUAGAGCAAUCGCGACGCACGAUCAUUGUAUUGUCACAGCAUUUUAUACAAUCCGAAUGGGCGCUCAUGGAAUUUCGCAUGGCGCAUCAGUGCGCACUAAAUGAAGGGCGCUCGCGCAUCAUACUUGUGAUCUAUGGCGAUUCGGUGGAUAUGGAGCUGUUAGAUCAAGAGCUGCGCGCAUAUCUUAAAAUGAAUACGUACUUGAAGUGGGGCGAGCCAUGGUUUUGGGAAAAACUGCGCUACGCUAUGCCGCAUUCACGACGUGGCUGGCAGGGCGAGGGCCGGACGAAGAGACGCACCGAUGAAAUUUCUCUGCAGCCGACUGGGCUGAGAGCGUAAACAAUGGGAGUGUAUUGUGUGGAAAAGGUUGCGUCGGUUUAUUAUUAUUAUUAAGAUUAUUGUA